CUUGGAUUAUUGUUCGAUGUUGGUGGUUCAUUGCAUUGGUUAAUGGUUGAUCGCUGGCGGCUUAUUGGAAAGCUGAUAUUGAUACUACUUCUACAUCAGCAAAUUAAUCAUAGACACCAUAUGCACCAUGGCUUCCGGAGAAUAUGACGAGAAAACCUCUCCUACGCUAACCCACGCCCCGACCGUCUCAGAUACCGCCAUCGGCGAUUCGGAAAAGUACCCUGAAGAAAACGAGAAGUUCCCUGAGGAGCCGUCACAUCAUCUUCAGGUCCCUUCCGAAUCCGGCCGAAUGCCCCUGGAUCAAGGAACCCUCGGAAGUCUUUCUAAGACGGAAUCCAGGGAACAGAACACUCGAUUUAUGGACGAUCUUACGGUUGUCCAGGCAGAACGGAAUAUUAGCCAACAAGAAUCGGCCGAACUUCGUCGUGCUCACUCUAAAGCUAGGAGCCAUGAGCCUCCGGUGAAGGAAGAUGUGUUUAACCAACCCGCCCAGGCCCCAACUCUUGUCGGCCUGGCCCCCGAACCCCCAACCCAAGUGAAUAAGGCGAUCCGGCGAAUUAAGAAAUUGCCUCGGAUAGUUCGAUAUUUCUUAUACAGCUUACCCGUAACGAUAAUACUGUUAGUCCCGGUACUACUUGGUGGACUCCUACCCCAAGAGAGUCAGGCUGUUAUUGGCGGCCCCGGUGGUGUCCAGUUGAUGUGGUUCGGUAUCUGGCUCGAAGUCAUAUGGUUAUCACUAUGGGCUGCCAGAAUUAUGACUGCCAUUAUGCCGAUCCUGAUGACUACGUGUGCCAAGAUACUAUCAGGAAAUCCUAAGAAGUGGAAUGGAAUCGGCCGUCAACUGGAGUUGCAUACAGCCCUGUUUCUCUGGAUGCUAGCCGUACUAAUUUCAUAUUAUCCUAUCUUGAAUAACCACAAGAUACCGGCUCGAGUGCCAGAAGACGGCGAUAGUCAAUAUCCCGACAUCGAAUGGAUCGAUGUUUGCAACAAAAUCAUAACUGCGGUAUUUGUUUUGGCCAUCUUGAAUUUCGUCGAAAAGAUAUUCGUACAAUGGGUUGCUUCGACUUUUCACAAGAGAACAUAUGCGUCACGUAUCGAGACAAAUAAGACGGCUAUAUCAUACCUAGUUCACCUCUACGAGCAUUCUAAAGAUAGAUUGGUUCCAGAAGCAUCAGUCAUGAAUGACCACGGUCCAGGAUCUGGCAGCAAGACACCCAUGGCGUUCAUAUCAGAUAACGCUCGCGAUACUAUGGCGAAAGUUGGCGAUACAUUGAACCGUGUGGCCGGUGAUUUCACCGGGCGUGAAGUCCGGCUCAGGAAUCAUCCACGGAAAGUUGUGUCCGAGUUGCUCCGAAAUACCAAUUCUGCGCAAGUGCUAGCUCGACGUCUUUUUCGGACCUACGCCAAACCCGGCACUGAAGUUUUGCUGCCACUGGAUUUGAGCCCAGCUUUCACUAACGCAGACGAAGCCGACGCUGCAUUUAACGUAUUUGACCGCGAUUUUAACGGCGAUGUCUCAAUGGAAGAGCUGGAGGCGUUCUGUGAUGAAGUUCACCGCGAAAAGAAGGCCAUAGCAGCUUCUCUUAAGGACUUAGACUCUGUCAUUAAGAAAUUGGACAGGGUCUUCUUUUUCGUUUGUGUGAUCGUUGCGAUCCUCGUCUUCAUCUCGAUCAUAUCGACUAGUACUGCAGCCGCACUGGCAUCAUUGGGUACUGCCGUUUUGGGUCUCGCGUGGGUGCUACAGGCAACGGCUCAGGAAUUCCUGCAAUCUAUCAUAUUCGUUUUCGUGAAGCAUCCGUUCGACGUUGGCGACCGAGUCACUGUGUACGGCAACACUGGAUCCUUGAUGAGAGGCGACGACUAUUACGUCACGGAGAUCUCUCUGCUAUACACCGAAUUCAAAAAGAUGGAGGGUCACAUAGUUCAGGCCCCCAACUCGAUUCUCAAUACCCUGUUCAUUCUCAACCAUCGUCGCAGUGGCCAAUUAGCCGACGUGUUUGAACUGCGGAUGAGGUACGGUACUCCGGGAACCGUGAUCAAGGAGCUUGAGAAUCGCAUGACGGAAUAUGUCUUAGCCAACAAGCGCGACUUCACGGGUAAAAUCCUGACGGAACUUAAGGGCUUCGAGGAUGCGUACUGUAUGACGGUCAAUCUCAUCUGCUUCCACAAGACAAGCUUUCAAAACGAGCUACUCCGUCUUAUUCGACACAACAAGUUUGCUCUUGAAUUGAUGGCUCAGAUGGUUGCUCUCGGGAUCGAGCAACCUCGCCGACAAUACCAAAUCUCCGGAAAGGACUGGCCCGUUUUCCAGUCCAACAUACAACCACCUUCAUACGAGGAACGAAAUCCGACUGUGGACCCUUCUAUAUUGACUGCUACUCGUCGGCGAGCCAACUCGCACGUCACCGACACUACGGGGGACGUCUUCCAAGACGUUUUUGUUAUGCGGAAGAACAGCAAUCCAAGCUUCAGCCAUCCCCCGCGUAUACCCGAGGAGCCUGCCGAGGCGAGCGGUGCUCUUGGAAGCAGUACUCAGCUGGAAAAGUACCCCUCCAACGGCAGCGGCGGUCGUAGCAGCCGCAAAAACCUAUUUGCCCGCACCAUGACUCUUAGAAAGAGCACCGAACGCUCCGAGCGAGAUAGGGAUAUCGUUUAAGGAGCCCACAGCGUCUCGAUGACGAGAGAAAAUUGGCCCAGCGUACAUUAAUGAUUAAUGGAACAUAUUCGGUUUUCUUUUUAUUCAGUAACGCAUAGACUAGCAUGACAUUACUCGGUAUAGACUGGUCAUAUACCCAUCUAGGCUGGACGUGGUAGAUAGUGGAGUGGCGUACAAACAGCAAUGGAUUGUUUAUUAUUUUUUACGCAUCUAUUCAUUCAUCCUUCUUUCCGGGCUCACGGUGAAUGUGACUAGGUAGUGAUCUGCUGAAACUAUCGAUGUGUAAAACUUGAUUUCCUCGCAGCUGUUCAGGGUUUUGUUUUGGAUGAGGCGGAGGGGAUAACCACGGUACUUCUUACCUUGGUUCGUUACGGGGCUGGGUGGAUUGUGGAGGGAGAUUAGAACGUGUGGUUGGCGAGAGGGUCGUCGAGCUAUGAACGUACGAUGGC